UGCUUACUCCAAGUCACUGCACCCAUCACUGCCAACAGCUAAGCCUCCUGCAGCCUUGUACUCGUCUAUCUAACAAGCCGGCCGGUCCUUGUGCUUGAAUUAAGUUGUCAUCAUGGCUGGCCUUAUAGCAGGUAUGGUGCUCCUCGCCGCCGUCGUUGCUCCGGCAUACGCCACGGAUUACGUGGUCGGCGACUCCUCGGGGUGGACCAGCGGUGCGGACUACACUACCUGGGCGAAAGACAAAACCUUCCGCGUUGGCGACACACUCGUGUUCCAAUACAGCACGAUGCACAACGUGGCGGAGGUGAGCUCGGCGGACUACAGCGCGUGCUCGGCCAGCAACUCCAUCCAAUCCUACAGCGACCAGAACACCAAGAUCGCGCUCACCGCGCCCGGCACGCGCUACUUCAUCUGCGGCACCCCGGGCCACUGCAGCAACGGCAUGAAGCUCGCCGUCACGGUCGCCGCCGCGGCCUCCACCACCCCGGCGUCCCCGUCCGCCACUCCAGCCACGCCCUCGGCUCCCGGCACCGAGACGCCCCCGGAGACGUCCACGCCGUCGACCCCCGCCGCGACGACGGCGCCCACGACUAAGUCCACCUCCGGCAGCACCGGCGAGGCCAGCGGCAGCGAGGCCCGGCUCGUGAUCGGCCUUUCGGCCGGGGCCGUGGGGCUCGUCGGCCUCGCCCUGAUGGUCUAGGCAAGAGGCAGUGCUGUUCCCGUGUGCCCCUCCGUUUGGUCGAGCUCGAUUGUUUUACGCACUUUGAAUUAUUGUUGACGUGUCGAGAAUGUCUUAUUCGAGACCAGUGUUGUACGAUCAGUUUUGAUCUAGUAAAAAAAUCUGUUCUGUGCUUUCCGACCCUUCC